CAUUUGUUAUUCUAUCCUUCUCCCUUGGACAAGUCUUCUGCGGUUCUGCCUAUCCCUUCUCCGCCAUUUCCGUUCUCGCUUCGUCUCCACUACAACUAUUCCGCUUUCCCCAUUGGAGCACGCUCGUUUGGAUCCCACUUUGAGGUUUCAUGCCUCUUGGAGAAGCGCUGGGUCUCGGCAGGUCUCGUGUAUCGCCUCGGAGGCGGCGCCGGAAACCCUAGUGUCGGAUCGCUCUUGCUGAUUGAUAUCCAUGUUAUCUGGACCAGAUCCGAUGGAAGGCAUCUUCCACGCCUUCCGGGAUGCCGUAUCCCCUCUUGAGUCCGCAGCCAAGGAUUGGGAGUCGCAUUGGCUGAAUUUGAUGAGCGGUGCCAGGAACGUGGAGUCGACGAAGAGGUAUCGUGGAUCGAUGAAGGAGAAGGUAGCUGCCGUGACGGCUUCCGAGGAGCGGAAAAAGGAUCCUUUUAAGUUUUUUUCUGGUGCUUUGUGCCUCCCUUUGGGUGGGGAUGACGUCAGUAGUCGGGGAGGGAUUUCAUCGAAGAAAGGGAGAGAAGAAGAGAAGAAGCAUGAAUCUUGUGCGAAUUGCUCGCCUUUUUUCUCAGUUUGGUCGUUUAUGUUCGACAGUUUCCUGCAGGCGUUCCCGAAGCCGCUUAAAUCAGUAAGGAAGUGUUUCUGGAAGCAACGUCGUGAUGAUGACUCCCCUUCCCAUGCAAAAUCUAGAGGGAAAAAAUCAUGCAAGACCGUUUUUUGUGAUAAAUCCGAGAAAACAGCGGGUGAGGGAGGCACGAUGUCUAUCGAGUUGAUUCUUUGCUUUGCGUUGGACAGUUUGGGUCAGAAUCUCCAAAUGCUGAAUUGGAGUUGCCAAGGGAACAGACCGAAGAAUUGUGAUCGUCCAGCAGCUUCUGAGGCUUCAGAGUCUGAUUACUUGAAAAUAAUGAAGGGACUAAUUAAUGGAAAGAAGGCAGAUUUUGAUGGAUUCCUUUCGAAUUUGAGUUUUGCAAGGGUUGGAGGCCUACCUGCAACUUUGGUGGAGGACACACCAUCUGUCAAAAAGGAGGGUGAGAAUCAUGACACUGGUGGUGAUAAGGAAGAGCCUACAAGUAGCACACCACAGAAGUUUGCAAGUGGUUUACUUAGCAUUCCAUUGUCAAAUGUUGAGCGCUUAAAAUCUACACUUUCCACUGUUAAUCUGACUGAGUUGAUUGAGUUCAUACCUCAGUUGGUAAAAUCCUCCACCGACCAUCCUGACAAGAAGAAAUUGUUUUCAGUUCAGGACUUCUUCCGCUACACUGAGACAGAAGGAAGGCGAUUUUUUGAGGAGUUGGAUAGAGAUGGUGAUGGCCAAGUUAAUCUUGAAGACCUUGAAAUUGCAAUGAAAAAGAGAAGACUACCUAGGCGGUAUGCCAAGGAUUUUCUGCAUCGUACAAGAAGCAACUUGUUUUCAAAAUCAGUUGGGUGGAAACAAUUUCUGUCUGUAAUGGAGCAGAAGGAGCCAAAAAUUCUUCGAGCGUAUACAAGCCUUUGCCUUAACAAGUCUGGAACACUGCAAAAGAAUCAGAUAUUGGCAUCGCUAAGGAAUGCAGGGCUUCCUGCCAGUGAGGAUAAUGCUAUUUCUAUGAUGCGUUAUCUCAAUGUUGACAAAGAGGGAUCAAUUUCAUACAGUCACUUCCGUAAUUUCAUGGUCUUGCUUCCUUCAGAAAGGCUUGAGGAUGAUCCUAGGAACAUCUGGUUUGAAGCAGCUACUGUGGUAGUUGUUCCCCCUCCAGUACAGAUAUCCACAGGAAAUGUCCUUAAGUCUGCUUUGGCUGGAGGUCUUGCUUGUGCACUUUCCACUUCAAUAUUGUAUCCUAUUGAUACCAUGAAGACACGUGUACAAGCAUCAACACUUUCAUUCCCAGAGCUCGUCUCUAAAUUACCAGAAAUUGGUAUUCGUGGGCUGUACAGGGGUUCAAUUCCAGCAAUCCUAGGACAAUUCUCUAGCCAUGGAUUGAGGACUGGUAUCUUUGAAGCAACUAGGAUUGUGCUAAUAAAUGUUGCACCAAAUCUACAAGAUCUCCAGGUGCAAUCCAUGGCAUCCUUUUGCAGCACAAUCUUAGGGACAGCGGUUCGAAUCCCUUGCGAAGUCUUGAAGCAGAGGCUACAGGCAGGCAUCUUCAAUAAUGUAGGAGAGGCGAUUGUAGGCACCCUACAACAAGAUGGUUUGAAAGGAUUUUUCCGUGGGACUGGUGCCACACUUUGCCGAGAGGUCCCAUUUUAUGUUGCUGGGAUGUGUCUAUAUGCUGAAUCUAAGAAGGCUGUACAGAACCUUCUGAACCGAGAACUGGAACCCUGGGAAACUGUGGCAGUAGGGGCUUUAUCUGGCGGACUUGCUGCCGUCGUCACCACACCCUUCGAUGUCAUGAAGACGCGAAUGAUGACUGCGCCGCGGGGUUUUCCAGUGUCAAUGCAAAUGGUCGCUUUCUCCAUUCUUCGCAAGGAAGGUCCUCUAGGCCUUUUCAAGGGAGCUGUCCCAAGGUUCUUCUGGAUUGCACCUCUCGGUGCUAUGAACUUCGCUGGAUAUGAGCUUGCAAAGAAGGCCAUGGACAAGACCGAAGACGUGCCAGGUUAAACUCUUUGGUUGCUGUUGUGUGGAAGCACUCGUCGACCAUGUAUUUUUUUUUUCUUUUUGAGUUCAAAGCUGCUUUUUUUUUGUAGCAAAUGAUGAUCAACAUAGACAGGUUGUAUUAUUCAUUGUUGACCAUAUGUGUACAUAUGGCCCGAGCUCCUCUACAUGCCUUAGCUUUCCUUUUUGUGCUUUGGAUACGUGAUUGUAAACAAUGCGUGAACAAAAUCUAAAAGCAAAUAUAUGAAACAAAUGAGUUUUAGUA